AUGGAGGAGGCCGUCGUGGGGGACGGCACCGCCGCCGUCUCCGCCGCCUCGCCGGCGGCGGAGACGACGUCGUACUCUUCUUGUUCCACGGCUGCGGACGGCGGCGCCAAGGGGGAGAAGCGCCGGAAUGUAUACCGGGGAGUACGGAUGCGGAACUGGGGGAAGUGGGUGUCGGAGAUCCGGGAGCCGAGGAAGAAGUCAAGGAUCUGGCUGGGGACCUUCCCGACGGCAGAAAUGGCGGCGCGGGCCCACGACGUGGCGGCGCUGACGAUCAAGGGGGAGGCCGCCCACCUGAAUUUCCCUGAGCUGGCCUCCGAGCUCCCGCGACCGGUCACGGCGGCGCCCAAGGACAUCCAGGCGGCCGCAGCCAAGGCCGCCGCCACCACCUUCGUCGGCCGCCAUGUGGAAGCGGAGGAGCGCCGCCGCCGCGAGGAUUCCGGUUCUCCGGAGGACGAUGAGCUCUUCGACCUGCCGAACAUUCUCGUCGACGUCUGCAGCGGCGACUGGUUGUGCUACUCUUCUCCGUGGGUGCCGCCGGCCGAUGCGGCGGCUGAGACGGCGGCGGGAGGGGAGAGCUACGAUGGCGUGGGUUUCCGGCUUGUCGAAGAACCCUUCUCGAACCGUCUUCUGUAA